UGGUGCACAGUGUAACUUUUUUCUCUUCUCCGCUGCUGGCUGAUGGACCACCAUCGGUACAGGUGAUAAACCAGUUGUAUCACAUACUUUGCACACUGCCUCUGACUGACAGCAGAGCUCACUGCAGGCAGACGAGCCAUCCCUCGAUUUCCAUCGGACAGUCAAUACGCUCUCCCGGCUGGAUAAUAAACUCCCCUAGCCGACGGCAGAUCCUCAACUUAAAACACCAUGAUUUUGCUGACACUCAUCACUCGUGUGGCAGACGGACUUCCGCUCGCUGCGUCUGUACAGGAGGAUGAACAGUCAGAAAGGGACCUCCUGCUGUACCAGAGCCAGGCCAAGCAGCUGUGCCGGAAACUGGACGCUCAGAGUCCAGAACGUUGUACCCUUGAUACCGGGGACAAGAACUUUCAUUUUUUAAUAUCCCAGGGUGUGUGUUACAUUAUCCUCUGCGAGGCUUCUUUUCCCAAAACGAUGGCUUUUGAAUACCUCGAAGACCUCAGCAAAGAGUUUUAUGUCCAGUAUGGAAAAAAAGUACCCACAGUAUCCAGGCCCUACUCUUUCAUAGAGUUUGACACAUAUAUUCAAAAAGUGAAGAAGCCAUCUGUGUCGAUCAAACUCCGGAAGACCUUGGCAAGUACUAAAAAAGAGCUGGAAGAUAUUCAGAAAAUAAUGGCGGAAAAUAUUGCUGAAGUCAUGCAGAGAGACCCUCUCUGUGAUAUUGCCAAAAAAGUCAGCAACCUGAGCAGCUUUUCAAAAAGUUGCCGCAGCAAUGCCAAAGAUGUCAACACCUCCCCCGGCUAUGCUAAGGCUGUAGCUGUGGCUGUGUUCAUCACGCUCAUCAUCUACAUGCGUUUCUGGUGGCUCUGAUAGACGCUGCGACAAGGACGUCUCCUCGUCCGGCACCUAAACUAAUCAUACAUUGUGUGCCAUAUACAGCCCGCUUUGGUGUGAAGUGAGCCAGACCAGUGAUAAACAUAUAAAGUUACAGAAUAGUUUCCUUUUUAGCCAACUUGCUUCACAUUGGCUUUCCCUCAUAAACAGGUUGGUGGAGCUUCUGGCAGCGUUUCAGCACUGAUGGAGAGUCCAUGUAAGCAUGUCCAGAUGUUAGAGUCUUAAAACUGUGAUGUUUGUAAUUAAAGUUUAAACAAGUGUGAGAAAGUGUUAUUAAAAAUGUUGAAUAUUUACCAAGAAA